AGCAUUUCCAGAGUCUUAGCAGAUGUAAGAAUCUUGACUGAAGUUGGGUUUAUGUCGCAGGGCAUCCGUACAUCUACAUUAAUUCGUUAGUUGACUGUUAGACUAUUUGCUUGUACCAUAACGAUAACUGCAGCAUUUUGUUCAAACCAUAUCAGUUUUUCACUUCAUGGCUUCAUAACCGAUUUUCGCCCACACACACACACACACAUAUAUAUAUAUUUCUUUCUUCAUGAAGGUAACUGGAAACAUCACUUCCUUUUCUCUGACAAAAAAAAAAAAAGCAAACUUCUCUUUAUCAGCCACAAGAGAUGGAUAAGUCAAAGUCAAAGUCGAAGUCCAAAUCUGUUAUUGAGGAGCCUCAGGGGUCAACAUUGCAAGAAAGGAAGCAACAUGCAGAGAAGGAACAACAGGCAGUGGAAAAGGAAGUGGAGGAGCUUCUGACUUGGACUGAUAUGGUUGAAGGCAUGGAUGAGUCACAACUGAAAAACUACGUGAAGAAUCGGCCGAAGCACUUGAAGACUGCAAAAAGAGAGAAGAUUGGGAAGAGCAGAAGGGUAAAUGAAUGAUGCUUAUGUGUGUGGGCUAAUUUUCCAGCUGUAACAGCCUCUUGUCAAGUUGAACAUCUCUUUUUGUUUUACUCUUUGCAGUCUAAAGGGGUGGAAAAAUGUAAAAGGUCUGGUAGUAGCGGAAUUAUGGCUGCUGUUUGGAAGUUCCAUAAAGAAGGCGAUCCCGGCUCUUUCUAGUAUCUAUGAUUUGCUUAGUAUUCAAUGUAAUUUCCAUUUUCAGUUGAUUUCUUCAGAUUAUAAAGAAGAAUGGAGCAUCUUUGCUUUUUA